CAGCGAUAAGGGAUGGUUUAUUAUAAACAGGGAAGGACUGAAAGGUGAGGCAGAGUUUCUAGUCUAAGCAGUCAAUCACGCAUAACUGGCAGCAUCUGAACAACCAUGAAGUCAGCAGUCCUGUUCUGUUCUUCUGUGCUACUCAUCCUGUCUGUUCUCACGUCUCUUGAAGGCAGUCAAGAUGGACCCUACCCCAGAGCACCUCACUGUGAAAUUACCAAAAAUGGGACUUGUACCCGCGAGCUCAAUCCAGUCUGUGGGACUGAUGGCGCGACGUACUCCAACGAGUGUGUGUUCUGUUUCCAGAACAGCCAAACUGGCAAAGACGUGCUUAUCGCUCAUGAAGGCGCCUGUGUACCCUCUAAGCAAUAAGAGGAGCCUUGGAGAGGGAGAAGGGUGGUCAGGAAGUGGGCUAGUUACUUCUUGAUAAUGAUGAAGAAUGAUUAAUGAUGCAAUAAUAAUUAAAAAAAAAGAUCCAUUCUGCAUGA